AUUUCUUCCUGUUUACCACCCUCAGCCCCUCAGCACGCCUGCUUCGUAAAAUAAGCUGGAUAUCACUCCUUCUACCUAGGAGAGUCUUGCUUGGGACAGACUGUAAAGCGCGCAGACUCCCCUCUACUCUACGUAGCCAGUCACGCGCUCCCAAUAUCAACCAGUGUUGAAGAUACCAGCUCAUUCAUAGGCUUUCUAUCUCUUACUUGUCUGAUUGAAGGUCAUCAGUAUGAGCUAACAUGCCUCUAGAACAGGUCAAGCGCCUCCAGCGCAAUGGCAGCAUUGAACAUGAGAUCUCUAUUUUCUGGGUUCCAAGACGGACACUUGUUAGCAAUACAAUCCUCGAGGAAGCGGGCAUAAUCGGAGACGUGAACAUCGCCGAAUUCCCGCUGUAUUUCAUGCCGCUGGAACAGGAUGUCCUGUCUCUGGAGAUGGAGGGCGCCUUUAGUGAUCUCUACCUGCACAAAGAUCCAGGAUGCAUCUUCCACUCCGCGAAGGCCCUGAUGGACAUUCAGCAGAGGCACGGUUACUUUCCUCGGAUUAUCGGCAAGGGUGACCAUGCAAGACGACUGGCCGACCUGCUUCUCCGAAUGAGAAAGGAGCUGGACGCUGAAGAGAGCUCCGGGCUCGCCGGAGUGUCAGCCCGCGGUCUAUUGCCCAGUGCAAGCACAGAGAGCCUCAUCAUCAUCGACCGCGAAGUCGACUUUGGCACCCCGCUCCUCACUCAACUGACCUACGAAGGCCUCAUCGACGAGACAGUCGGCAUCAAGAACAACCAAGCCGAUAUCGACACCUCUAUCAUCGGCGGGGCGGCUACUGUUCCGCAAGCGCAGGAAUCCUCCAAAGGCCCGCAACAGCCCUCGUCCUCCAAGCAGCACCAGAAGCGCAAGAUUCAACUUGACUCAUCAGAUCAGCUCUUCAGCCAACUGCGGGACGCCAACUUCGCCAUUGUCGGCGACAUCCUCAACAAAGUCGCGCGGCGCCUCGAGAGCGACUAUGAAAGCCGCCACUCGGCCAAGACCACGACGGAGCUGCGCGAGUUCGUCAACAAACUCCCCUCCUACCAGCUCGAGCACCAGAGCCUGCGGGUGCACACCAACCUCGCCGAGGAGAUCAUGCGCACCACCCGCGCCGACAUCUUCCGCAAGCUCCUGGAAGUGCAGCAGAACUACGCCGCAGGCUCCGACCCGACCUACCACCACGACGCGGUGGAGGAGCUCAUCGCCCGCGACGUCGCCCUGCCCGCCGUCCUGCGCCUCCUGUGCCUCGAAUCCUGCAUGUCCGGCGGUCUGCGGCCGCGGGACCUCGAGAAUUUCAAGCGCCAGAUCGUCCAAGCCUACGGCCACCAGCACAUCCUGACCUUCUGCGCCCUCGAGAAGAUGCAACUCCUUCAGCCCCGCGCCCCUACCAACCCCACCUCCCUCCUCCUUCCCACUACCACCACCACUGCCGCCGCCACAGGAGGUUCUCCCCACCACCACCAACACAGCACAAGCCCGCGCACCAACUACAACACCCUCCGCAAAACCCUGCGCCUCGUCGUCGAGGAAGUCAGCGAAAAGGACCCCAACGACAUCGCCUACGUCUACAGCGGCUUCGCCCCGCUGAGCAUCCGCCUGGUGCAGUGCGUCCUGCAGAAACCCUACAUCCUCUCCCUGGCGCGCGGUGGGCCCGUGGCCGCCCCAACCCAGGCCCCGGCCCCCGCCAGCGCGACCACCUCCUCGCCGGGCUGGCUGGGCUUCGAGGACGUGGUCAAGAGCGCCCGCGGCGCGACGUUCAGCCUCGUGCAGAAGGGCGACGACAAGGCCGUGCGCGCCCGCCAGACCAUCAGCGGCGCCCCGGCCAUCAAGACGGUCUAUGUCUUCUUCCUGGGCGGCAUUACGUUCACCGAGAUCGCCGCCCUGCGGUUCAUCGCCGCCCAGGAGGCGUCCCGGCGCCGGAUCAUCAUCUGCUCGACGGGCAUCGUGAAUGGGGAUCGCAUGAUGGAGGCGGCGAUUGAGACGGGGCGCCUGGCGUGAUGAGGGAUGAUCUCGGUGGAGAAUGAAUGAGAAGUGAAAGGUGACGGUUGUGGAAUUCACAUGACAGGAUAGGAUAGGAUAGGAUAAUAUACUU